AUGUCUUCUGAAGAAUAUGAAGUAGAAAAGAUAUUAGAUCAUAAAGUGAUAAAGAGAGGAAAGAAAGUGACAUUUAAAUACUUGAUCAAAUGGCUAAAUUACGACGAAAGCGACAACACUUGGGAAAGAGAAGCAAACAUAUUUGCUACAGAUUUGAUUGUUCAAUAUUGGAAUACCGUUCCUGAUCAUAAUCCUGACAAAAAACUUCAUCAAAGUCUCACAGGUCAAUCAAGCACAGAAAAUCACAAAGUAGCUUCAGUGCCAGUGAAUGUGCCGAGAGUCAUUGCUGAGGAAUCUACUGAUGAUGAAGAAAACGGGUUGGAAACAAGAGAACAGUCAAUGAUAAGGGUUAGAGAGGGCACAACAGAAGGGUUGGAUGAUGAUGUUGCACCAAAGACAAAGAGAAUUAGAUUGCUUGUCAACAAUAAUAACGUAGAUACUUCUAGCUUUUAUAACGUUGAAGUCGAUAGUAGUACUAGUACAUCUACAAGCUUAUACAGCGUUGGAGCCGGUAGUAGUAGUAUCAUGGAAGGAGAGGAUGAUGAUAAAAGUGACGAUGAUAUUAUAUUCAAUGAAACCUUUGCCGUAGAUAUAGAUGAUUGGCAAAAGGCAGCAAAAAAAGUAGAAUACAUUGGCAGAGAAGUAGAAGGCAGCCCAAUGUUUUGUAUAGUGAAAUGGCAAAAUGGUGUUCGAUCUAUGCAUCCUUUACAAGUUGUUAGAGAGAGGUGUCCACAGCUACUUAUCGAUGCAUUCGUCGACAUCAUUGACAAUAAAAAGAAAUAA